GCGGGGUCCAACAUCACGGGCGCGCCUAGUAUGCCGAGGUCGAUCCUCUGUAUGCAAGAGCAAUGACAGCCUCAGGCUUUGUAAAGGCGAGUACGAAUAUAAUCGUCAAUGUCCCGGAGAAGAAGUUUUGCGUCACCGUCAGAGGCAUUGGUGUCAUCACUGUUGUCUGUCCAUUAACAACCCUCGACCACGAUCAUGCCGGACAACGUGAUGGAAUGGCAGCGACCUCCGAAACGUGAGUUGCUCGGUGGUGAUUUGGUCGCACAAUCCUUGAAACAACUCGGCGCUGAGGUCGCUUUCGGCUUACACGGCGGACACCUUGACGCCUUCCUGAUCGGCUGCACCCUCAUUGGCAUCAAGAUUAUCGACACCCGGCAUGAGACCACGGCUGUCCAAGCAGCGGAAGGCUACGCCAAACUCUCUGGGAAAGCCGGAUUUUGUUUUGUGACGGCCAAUAGCGGCUUCAGCAAUGCUCUUCCCGGGCUGGCAACAGCCUUCGCCGACCGCUCACCUAUUUUCGUGAUUACCUCGUCACCACCACUUCGCGAUGCUGAAACGAAUUGCCUUCAAGGCUUCCACGACCAGGUCGUCCUGGCAAAACCAAUCACGAAGUUCGCCCAUCGUGUUACGAACGUCGAAGAGAUCCCGCGUAUCAUAAGCCACGCCUAUCGGACUGCUAUUGGAGGUAUUCCCGGUCCGGUCGUGAUCGACUUCCCCAUCGACAUACUCUUCCAUCCACCACGGAUGAACGCUCUUUCAUACGGCUCUCUUACUGGCGCUCCCGCCAUCACACCUUAUCCGGAUCCUGCCGCUCUCGAUGAGCUGAUCAAUCUAUGGAAGUCAGCGUCACGACCCGUCAUCGUUGUCGGCACUGGAGCAGCACGAACUACCACUCGAGGCUCCAAGUCUAGUGUGCUUCUCGACCUUGCUGAAGCAACCAAUACACCAGUCUUCUACUCUCAGAAGUACUUGCCAGCCCUUCCCUUCGACUCGCCUUUCCGAGGUGGCUAUGCCGCUUCCCUCGCUUCGCUGCCUUCAAUCCAAAAGAAACAGCCAGAUCUCGUCUUACUUCUUGGUGCGAGGACAGGGUUCUUGCUAGGCGGACGGUCGGGGGUCAUCAUUCCCAACUCUGGCUGCAAAGUGGCUCAAGUCGACAUAGAUGCCAGUGAGAUCGGCAAGUCCAACGCUAUUGAACUGGGCAUUGUGUCAGACGCGACAAAAUUCGUUGUGGCCUUGCUAGAGAAACUUCGCAACAACAACCCGAUUCAACGCCAGGACUCGUGGCUCCAGGACCUCCAAGACCUCAAGAACCAUAAAUCACCUCAUUCCGAUGACUCAGAAACUCUCCCGGACGGCCGCUUGCACCCAUUCUUCACCAUGAAGACUAUCUUUGAGACUUUGCCGGAGGGCUCAAUCAUCAUUAUCGACGGAGGCGAAGCUGGAAUCUGGGCCGCCGAACUUCUCGAACAAGCUCGCCCCGCCGGCGGCAUGGUUGCGACAGGCUACUUGGGCUUUUUAGGUAAUGGCUGGGGAUACAGUAUAGGCGCUGCCCUCGCAGUACCAGACCGUCUGAUAGUGAACAUCCACGGAGACGGAUCUGCUGGAUUCCACAUCCAAGAGCUCGACACCUUUGCCCGCCACCGACUUAAUGUCCUAACCAUUAUCAUGAACAAUUAUUUCUGGGGCAUGAGCGUCGCCGGUCAGGAUUUGAUCUACGAAGACGAAGAUCCCGCACGCGUGGCGAGCACCUUGUCCGAAGAUUGCCGGUACGAUAUCGUCGCGCAGGGUUUCGGGUGCAAAGGUGCCAUUACGCGGAAGAGUCUUGAUGAAGUGCGAGAUGCAGUGAAGUCUCUCACGGAGACGAAAGGACCGGGACUGUUGAACGCGAUCAUCUCGAGAAAUCCAAUCACGAUGGGAACCAGGGGUAUGGUCGGUAAGACGGACGACAAGAACUAUAUUGUCGUGCCGUACUACGAUAAUGUGCCGAGACCAUACUACAAGGAGGACGCUCCGACGACGAAUGGAACAGCGGACAAGCAUUGAUGGAUGGUAUCCAUUCGUUGCAGAUUGUUAUGGUUGCAAUUGCGAAGCAUGGCAAUAUUCCCCCUCUUGACAGCACGAGCUAUGGAGGUGUUGUUGAUUGUGUGUACUUAAAGAGUGAACUGUAACACAACAACAAAUGUCUAGAUGCUUUCAUCGUCGUGUCAGAGUCUCGGUUUGUUUGGCGAGUUUUCGAAUUCUUCUUCAAAGCUUUGAAUGUCCGCUGAAUCUCAUGGUAGAGCAGAAUCGUGCACAAUUCAUGUAUCGAGCGAUCUCAGCCAUACUUAUAUGCAAUGGAUUAGGGAGGGCCCUUGAGUAUUGUAUCGUCCCAAGUGGACCUUCCGCAUAUAUUGUCUAGCA